UUAGAUUUCCUGAUUUACCUCGACUUUUUGUACGACAAAGAACAUCGUCCACAAUCUCCAAUUCAAACUCAUGAACUUUGUUCUUCCUCGUUGUUCCUCACAGUUUUUCUCCAUAAACUGAAGGUCUCGUCGCAAUGGUGUACGUACGACAAGAAAAACUUCCAGGCCUCAAGCAAUACAAAUACUCGGGUGUCGACCAUUCCCUAUUAUCUCGAUAUGUUCUCAAACCAUUCUACACCAAUUUUGUGAUAAAAUGUUUCCCAAUAAGCAUGGCGCCGAAUCUGAUUACCCUUACGGGUUUCAGUUUCGUCGUUGUUAAUAUCUUGACUUUGUUGUGGUAUAAUCCCACGCUUGAUGUGGAUUGUCCGCCUUGGGUAUAUGCCAGUUGGGCUGUGGGACUGUUCUUGUAUCAGACCUUUGACGCGGUCGAUGGGACUCAGGCGUAUGUUUCUAUCUCUUUGCGAUUGAUCUAGAUGGGGAGCGCUAAUUGACGCGAUCGGAAUAUAGGAGACGAACGCAUCAGAGUGGUCCUCUUGGGGAGCUCUUUGAUCAUGGUGUUGAUGCCGUCAAUACUUCCCUAGAAUGUUUGAUCUUCGCGGCGUCGCAGAACUUGGGGAUGGGCUGGAAGACAGUAAUGGUCUUAUUUGCUUGUGCGAACUGAACCUUCGGACGUUUGCGGGCGCUAUGCUAAUGUUGGUAGCUCUCCUUACAUUCUACGUACAAACCUGGGACGAAUAUCACACAAAGACUUUGACCUUGGGCUUGAUCUCGGGACCUGUGGAGGGGAUCGUUAUUCUCAUCACAGUCUAUGCGUUUACUGCAAUUAAAGGCGGCGCGAGUUUCUGGGCUCAAUCAAUGUUCAGAACUGUCGGCAUCCCCCAUUACGCAUUUAUUCCAGAGUAUAUCUACGAGUUACCAUUCAAUGAGUGGUAUAUGGUUCAAGGUGGAAUUGUGCUGGUUCUCAACACUGUUCAAAGGUAGAUUUACCCCUCCUAAAACCCCUGUCAAAAUAUCUCCAGCUAACGACCCCUCCAGCUCCAUAAAUGUGAUCCGAGCUCGCAGAGCUCGUGGAGACAGAUCUCGAGGCGCGCUCUUGGGACUUCUUCCCUUCUUCUUCACCUGGACGCUCAUCCCGGCCUACCUUUACCUUAACCCGGAGAUUUUAUACAAUCAUCUUGUCCCUUUCGUUUUCUUUGCCGGGCUCGUCAAUGCUUACUCGGUGGGCCAGAUGAUCACUGCACAUCUGGUCAAAUUGCCAUUCCCUUACACGAAUGUAUUGAACUUACCUCUUGCCUAUGUUGUCUUUGACUCUGCAGGACCGUUCUUGAAGGAAACUGUUGGAUACGGAUGGCCUAGCGCCUUAGGUGGUGGCGUAUAUCAGGUUGCAUAUCUCUUCUGCAUGCUAGGUGUUGCCGUGGGCGUUUAUGGAAGCUUCGUGGUGAGUCUUUUUCCGCAUCUAUAUUUCUCGGGUUAUGCUAACGUCGUAAGGUGGAUGUAAUUGUUACUAUAUGCGACUAUUUAGACAUCUGGUGCUUGACUAUCAAACACCCAUGGAAAGAGGAAGAAGAAGCGAAGAAAGCGAACUAGAAAACAAAUGCGAACAUGAUGGUAGAAGACUUUGGCUUAAAUAGGGGCUCUUGGGGGCUUCAGGCUUUAACAUUUGGGUGGGACGGAUAGAUUUGUAUUUGUAUGAGUAUAAUAUCUUGUCUAUAUAAUGGUAUUUUAAUGAGAGAACGAAUUAGCCCAUUUCCUCU